UAAGUCACAUUUCUCUUUCUUGAUUUUGCAUUACAACUUUUUCAGAUGCAAAUUUUUGUCAAAAAUGGUUAGAUGGGUCUCCAAGAUUUCAAUUUUAAUCGACUAUGUUGUACAAAAAUUUACAUGUAAACAUUUUGUUAAAAAUUUGUCGAGUUGCGCCAAAAUUCACAUUCUGUAAAAUAACAAAAAAAAAAAACACAUGCUUACAAGUCUUUGCAAGUAGUAUAAUGGUGUGAUCAAAAAAAGUGUUGGUACUUUUGGAGCAGUAAAGAUAGUUUUGUGCAGAUAAAGUGUGUUUCAUGUCUACAUGUUCCUCAUGCUCCGCCGCGCCGCUCGUGCAUUUGCCUGCCAGUUUUCUUCACUAAAGCUCACAAAUUUCGAAGCAUUAAACCCUUAAGUUGAACCCCUUUUGCUGGUUUUGAAUUUGAGGGGUUUUUAGUUUGUGGUUUUCUUGAGACCCCUUGUUGAAGAAAAGGCCUAAUACAUUGAAGAGAUUGUUGGGUGUUUUUGAAAUGAUGUGUAAAAAGGCUGUGGAUAUGGAGUUGUGAAUGCAGAAUCCUUAAUCUUAGGAGGGCCGGUGAUACUGUUGGAUGUUGUUGUUUCUUCUGUUGAGCAAAUUAAGAUGGUUCCUUGUACCUGGGCAUGCUUGUGAAGCUAUUUGUUUAUUUAGUUGAAUACUUGGCACUUUGUGUUCAAUUCAACUGUUUUAUACUAGUUGCUUAGUUGGCAAUUUUCGGGCCGUAGAUUUAGUUAAUUUAUGUAUUUAUGAUUCAAGAGUUAAGGGGUUGAUGUGGAUUUCAGAACUGUAUUGAGAAAAUGCCGAGUUUUGAUGCGACAGAAGAGGUUUAUUUUGAGAGUGUAGAUUAUUUGUCUUCUGAAGAGUCCGUUGUCGAGAGAGAAGAUUUGGGUUAUCUAGAAUUAGGGUAUGAGGUUUGGAUGUCUGAGCCUCAAAGUGUGAAUGAGCGACGCGGAAAUUUCAUUAAGGAGAUGGGAUUGCGUGAAUUGUCUAGUUCACCUGAAUCGGGAUCAGAUAGGAUGAGAGACUGUGGUGGGGCUGUUUCAAGUUCUUGUGCAUUGUCAUUUCGUAGUGUAGAAGAUAUCAUGGCUUGUAUUGAGAGGGACUGGAGCAGUGGAGGCAAUUGUAUGGUUGAUGAAUUAGACCAAUCUCAAAUGGAUUCUUGCCUUGCUUCAGACAGGGAAAAUGUUGAAGUUUCUGUCUCGGCUGAACAAGUUGGACACAGAGCACCUGAAAAUCACUUAUGUGAAAAUGAGGAUUUUCCUGUAGACCAGAAAAGAGCAAGAAGUUUAUGGAAGAGCUUCAAGAGCAAGUUUAAAAGAAAUCUUGGGUCAGAUGUGAAAUCUGUUACAGAAAGGCCAAAAUCAAGUAGGUUAAAGGUGCAGAAAAAUAAUAAGAAGUGCCGGGAGAUGAGUGCGGUGUAUGUUGGACAAAAAUUCCAUGCACAUGAAGGCCUUAUCUGGACAAUGAAAUUUAGUCCAGAUGGCCAGUAUCUGGCUAGUGGCGGUGAAGAUGGGGUAGUUCGCAUUUGGCGUAUUACAACGACCUGCACCUCUUGUAAAAAACUGGGUAUUGAAUGUGAUGACCAGGAGAGGUAUGGGAAAUCUGGUUCUGGAUUAAAGAAGUUGAAUCAUACUUCAGUCUUUAUUCCAGAUACAAAUUUCCAGAUGGAGGAAUUGCCAGUGCAAGAGUUACAUGGUCAUACCAGCGAUAUCUUGGAUCUGGCUUGGUCCAAUUCUAACCAUCUUCUUUCCUCAUCGAAGGAUAAAACUGUUCGAUUGUGGAAACUGGGACAUGAUAAAUGUCUUGGGGUUUUUAAUCACAAGAACUAUGUGACAUGCACUCAAUUCAACCCUGUUGAUGAGAAUUACUUUAUUAGUGGAUCAAUUGAUGGGAAAGUUCGAAUUUGGGGAGUCCAUGAGAAGCGAGUAGUUGAUUGGGCUGAUGUACGAGAUGUAAUUACUGCCAUAUGCUACCAUCCAAAUGGAAAGCAUUUUGCAGUUGGUUCCCUCUCUGGCACUUGCCGUUUCUAUGAUGCAUCAGGCAAUGAUCUCCUAGUCGCCGCUGAAUUUCAAGUGCAAGGUAAAAAGAGAUGCUCGGGCAAUAGAAUCACCGGCAUUCAGUUCACAGAGGAAGACUCCCAAAAGGUUAUGAUAACAUCUGAGGACUCCAAAAUCCGCGUUUUUGAUGGGAUUGACAUCAUCCAUAAAUACAGAGGCCUUUCAAAAUCUGGAAGUCAGAUGUCGGCUUCAUUUACAUCAUCCGGGAAACACAUAAUAUCAGUUGGGGAGGACUCCCAUAUUUAUGUCUGGAACUAUGAUGAUGAGGGUGUCACUACAAAACACCCCAGAUCUGUACGUUCUUGCGAGCAUUUCUUCUGCGAAGGCGUGUCUGUUGCAGUUCCAUGGUCCAACAGAGAAAUCAAUCAAAAGGCUAGUGAUUGUCAUGAAUAUUCCAUGCCAAAACAGGAUAUCCAAGAUUCUACUAUAGGCAUUCGAGAUUCAGAACGAUUCUCAUUAGCAAACUGGUUCUUCAUGGAUGGAUCAUUUAGGGGUACUGCCACAUGGCCCGAGGAACGACUCCCUCUGUGGGAAUUACCAGCACUGAAGCAAAAUCAUGAGCUAUUCGACAAUGAUCAGCCAUAUCAGCAGCCAAACCAUCACAAUAUUAGCCACGAUACAUGGGGCUUAGUGAUUGUAACAGCUGGUUCGGAUGGCAUGAUCAGAACAUUCCACAAUUAUGGAAUGCCUGUGAAAAAUUAGGAGUUAGAUCACACAGAACUCAAGUCAGGGAUUAAAACCUGACAAAAAAAAAAGAAAAAAGUCAGGGGUUAAAAAAGUAUAUAUAGUAGUUCAUGAAAUCAUCUGGGUGUAGGGGAGUGCAGAAGUAGAUACAUUGUUUUAGUGAUUCAGUUAGUGAGUAGUCCCCAUUUUCUGCUGCUGAUCUUGUUUCCCCAGCUGUAUUGUUCUCACAUAUUUAUUGAUUAUAUUGAUUAUUUU